UCACUCACAAAAACGCUCUGUUAAGUCACUAAUGUAUGCCUUUAAAAACUUAGAUAGUUGUCAUGUUUUGUUUUCUGUUUCAAUGUCAUGAAAUAGGGAGGCUUCUUCUGCAAGUUCCGUCACACCCACUGAAGACUUAUUACAGCCCUACCCCAACUUGUGUUUUUUCUCCCUGAUCUGUCACUUAGGACUCAAUGUAAGAAAUAUGAAUCAUUGAUCAAGGAAGUGUUCACGUACAAACUUUUGUCGGAGGUGCGCGCUGGACAAACAGGACUGAAGAAAUUUGGCUUUAUUCUUUAACAGAAGCAGAUGGAGAACGAGCCACUCCCCAACACUUGUUCAUCCCCUCCACCAGCCAUAUGUGUAACUCUUGCAGAUCAGAGUGUCUGUUCUGAGGAAACGACCCAACAGACUCGGAGCAUGCCAGAACAGGUUCGGGAAAAGGAAGACACCCAGAUCCGUGCCGUUCAACCAGACGUCACCAACGUCAAUUCUGGAGGUUCUUCUUCUCCCAGUCCUAAAUUGUGUGGCUAUCUCAGCAAGCAAGGUGGACCCCUGAAAUCCUGGAAGACCCGAUGGUUCACCUUCGAGGAGAAGAGCUGUCAACUGUUUUACUAUCGCACGGCACAGGACAUCAAUCCCCUGGGUAAGGUGGAUCUGUCUCGUGCCACGUUCAGCUACCCGCUGCUGGUAGAUGAGGGAACCUUUCACAUUCAGACCCCAGAGCGGACUUUCAUACUCAAGGCUCCUAACCGUGAUGCACACAUCUACUGGCUGCAGCAGCUGCAGUUGAAGCGUGCAUCAUACAGAGAGCAGCAUACCAGACAUUUCUCCCUGCCGAAAUCAGAUAACCAACCAUUAAAUAGCACACCAUCGGCACAAACAUGCGCCGCCGAUUUCUUGCCAGUAGUAAAAACACCUCCUGGCCUGGUGGGUGAAGAAGCUGCCAGUCUGCCCGCUCCAGGAACGAACAGCCCUCUGAACAUGUCAAUCAAACAUCCUCUUAUUGAGCUCCAGAACACAAUGCAUAGUCUGCUUCACCGGCAGUCACAGGAAAUACGACAAAGUGUUUUCCAUAUCGAUGCCCAAUGUGAACCAAACGUCUCUAAAAAAUCACAGAUGCCUACUUCUGUAGGACCUACACACGUUUCCUCUGAAGCCCCAGAAUCCACCGCUAUCCCCAGUAGUGAAAAACUGCAGGAAAACAACCUCAUUCACCGUUUAUCCGCCUUGUCGCAAAACCGAAAGAGCAACAAGGACAAAUCCAAACCUCCAGACCAUAAAGAUCCAAAUGCUCCAGACAACACAUCUCGCCUUCAACAGGAAAAAUUCUCACUGAACGAGGAGGUCAAAGCACAAAAGGAGUUGGUGUCGCUCUUACAUAAAGUUCUGGAAGCUGCCCAGCUGGAGAAGCACACCUGCGUUGAGUUUCUAGCAGCCGAGGGGGAGCAGGAACGGCUGGAGCUGCUGAAACAAUGCGAGCGGCGUGCGACAGAACUGCGAGACCGUGUGGAUUCGCUACAGGCAGAGAACGAGACCCUCCACAGGGAUCUGAGCGAGAGGGACGCCCACGUCGCCGAGCUCCAGCAGAACAUCCAGCUCCUCAUGCAUAAGAAUCAGGCCAAACAGGAAGUGAUAUUAAAGCUUUCUGAUAAGCUGACAUCCUGCGGGGCCGACCAGCAAUGCACCAAUGGUGUCACGUCAGAAACCUUCAGACAAUUAUCACACGAGAAUGAGAAUUUGAAAGAUGAUUUGAAAGCAUAUAAAAUUCAAAACAAGUUUUUAAACUCAGAGAUCUGCCAGUUGACGACACUCUGGAGAAAAAGUUCAGAGCAGGAAAAAUGUCUGAUAGUUAAGUGUGCUUUCCUGGAGGCCAAUAACUGUCAGAUGGAGAGCAGGUAUCUGGGCGUCCUUCAGAAGCUCCAGGAGAGCGAGGAUCUGAGUCCAGAACAGAGAGAAUCGGUCAGGAAGGUGAUCAAGGAUGUGGUUCAAGUGGACCUGGACACAGCCAUCAAACUAAACCCCAUCAGUGAUUAUGAUGAAUAUGGCUUUAGGACCGCCGUCGACUACAAAGUUGAAGACCUGAAGCUUCUUUCUAAGAUCCAGGCUCUGGAAGUCCGAUCCCAUAACCUGCUGAACAAUGAUGAACGUGAUGGGUCCCUGCUGGCUCGCUGUGCUCAGCUCCUGUCUGGACGGGUUGAAGUAGAGCUCACCUCAUCGCCAGAACUGAAGAAUGUCCUGCGGACAGGCCUACCGUGCGAGCAUAGAGCAAGAGCGUGGCGUUACCUGAUUCAAACCAGAACUAAAGCGCUUAGAGAACGCUAUCCCAAUCGAUAUCAGGAACUGUGUGAAAAGAGCAGAACUUCACCUCACCUGGUGCCCAGACAGAUUCAGCUGGACCUGGAUCGAACGCUGAGAUCUAACCAACACUUUUCAGCCCCUUCAAGCCCUUUGAUACCACAGCUGGAGAGGGUUUUGCAGGCGUUCUCGUGGCAGAACCCCACCAUCGGCUACGUCCAGGGACUCAACAGACUGGCGGCCAUUGCUCUGCUAGUACUACAGAAUGAGGAAGAUGCCUUCUGGUGUCUGGUUGGGAUUGUGGAGUUCAUCAUGCCAAAAGAUUACUACACUAAAGACCUCGUGGGCUGUCAGGCAGACCAGCGUGUAUUUAAGGACCUCAUGUUGGAGAAACUGCCUCGACUCACAGCCCAUCUUGAAGCACAAAAAGUUGACGUGUCACUCAUCACAGUCGAAUGGUUCCUGGUGCUCUUUGUAGACAGUCUGCCCAGCCAAAUACUGUUUAAAGUGUGGGACGCCUUCCUGUUUGAGGGCAUCAAGGUGAUAUUCCGGUAUGCACUUGCUCUUUUCAAAUACAGAGAAGAAAGCAUCUUGAAGAUUCAUGAUAGUGCCGAGUUGUACCAGUAUCUCCACCUCUUAUCCAACACUAUUGCAGAUGGAAGGAAGCUCACAUACAUCGCCUUCAACGACAUGAACCCGCUUCCCAUGAAGCUGCUGAAGAACCGUCGCUCUGUUCAUAUGGAACGGCUCCACGCUGAGAUUAAAGAGCUGGAGAAUUUACAGAAAGCUUACAAAGCUGAGCACGUACAGUGCAAAGACACAGAGCUGGACACUCUAGCUAGUGAAGAUGAAGAGGAAGCGUAAAACAUAGCUUUUGCUCAAAUGCUUACCUUUGAAUGGGGAAUGAGAAACACUAAAGGUUGGUCCAUAAGAACAUGAAAAUUCUGUUAUUAUUUAUGUCAUUACGGACCUGUACGACUUUCUAUCUUGAGAAUGUUCUUUAUACAUCAUGCAAGUGAUGCAGUAGAUCCAAUAAUGCACUAAUAGUAUGUAGGACUUGUGUAAAACAUUCAAAGACAUACAAAAUCUUUAGAUAAGAAAAUGACUUAAAAUCUAAAUGAUGACAGAAUUUUGAUUUCUUAGGGUAAAAAAAGUAAAAUUCACAAAGACAUUUAUGCAUUACCAGUAGGGGGCAGCAGAAAGCUGAUUUGGUCUCACUUUGGGCACAUUGAGUCUGUAUAUAUUUACAUCCUUCAGCAUGUAAUUGUAUUUAACUUUAUUCAGAUUUCAAGCUUUGAUAUUUUUUGUAUUAUUUAAAAAUGUUAUACUUCAUUGCUUUUGUAAAAAAAACAUGCAUGUAAGCCCAAAGUUGUCUUAGCCAGAACCGGACUUUAUGCGUAUAAUAAACAUAAAUCUCAACUAGGACUUUCAGUAAAUA